AUGUCUGAAUUUGAAUAACUUACUUAAUAAUAGUUAUCUAUUCUACAGAAUUAAGAGAUGCUGUCUAAUUGGAUUUCUUUAAAAAAAAACUUAAGUUCUAAAUUUAAAAGCUUCUAAGAAGCAUUUAAAGCUUUGAAAAAAGAUGGAAAGGAAUCAUUAACUGCUGAAGAUUUUUAAGAAUAUUCAAAAGGAUUAGAUUUGUAAAUCUCAUCCUUUAUUUAUAAGGUCCUUGCUUUUUAAAGAUGUUGAAUUAAAUGAAGCUAAUUUUGGUAGAGUUUGGGAAAAUUGGGAAUACAAAUAAAAAUAAAACGAGCAUAAAUUAUAAAUAAUUAACGAAAAACUUAAGUUGUUAGCUAUGUUAGAUGAUAAGGAAAAAAUAAAAGAGAUUAAGACAGAUGUGAUUUCAAAUAAAAAUAUAUCAAAAUUAGCUAGUGAUUGUGAAUCACUUAGCUAAUUAUAAGAAAAAUUAGAUACUCUUGUGGAAGAAGGUUAAAAAUAAAAAAGCAAAUUAGAUGUUUUUUAAGAUGAAUAAGAUUGCAUUUCUAUUUGUUUUUUAAAGAAAAAUGAAGAGAAAUAAUAGGGAGACCUUUAUAUCAAUAAAUUACAACUAAAAUCUGAUGAGGAUGCUGGAAAAAGUUAAUAACCAGCUAAUAAAAUAAUGAAAAGUUAUAUUGAUGGUCAAACUAAUCAUUUUAGAAGCAAAACUGGAUUAAAUAGCAAUAUGCUUAUUUAAAACGGUCUUUCAAAUAGAAGUUCUUUAUCAAAUAAUAUAAAGUCAUAUAAAUAAUCAUACAUAAAAGAACCACUUCUUUAGACUUCUCCUCAAAAAGGAUCCUAUACUGUUCGUGUUCAACCUUAAUAAAUUUAAUAAGAAAAUUAAUAAUAAAAAAUUAAAUCACCCUAUGAAGAGAAAUAAUAAGAAGAAAGAAAGAGUCAUAAAAUAAACAGAAUGAAGGGUGAUCUUCAAUAGUAUAUAUCAUAACUAUUUUUUCACGAAAAAGAAUUUAGAUAAAACAAUAUUAUAAAUCACAGACCCUUAUCAUCAGAGGAGUAAAAAGGAUUAGUUGGAUUUAUGAAUUUUAAAUAAUAUUUCAAGAAUUAGUAAGAAAAACCUUCAUUUAUUGAACCUGAGGAUUCUAUCACAUAAAAGAGAUUUUAAAAUAUAAGGUAAGGUAUUUUGAUAUUUUAGAUACAAGCUCGAUGAUUUUUAGUAAUAAAAACUUUCUUAAUAUAAUUAUAUUACAAAAACAUAGCCAAAUUUUAGCCCUGACAAAGCAGAGAGAGAUUAUAAUUAAAAAGUUCCCAUAAAUUUAAGUAAUAAAUUGAAUACUAAAUAUUCGCCUGGAAACACUAAUAGACUAAAUUUAGAAUACUUAAAAUAAGAGAAAGAAUUUAAUAAUAAAUAAAUUUAAGAUUAAUAGAUAGAAUCCUAAGUAUUAGAAUGA